AUGUUCAAGCUUGCCCAACGCUCUCUUGCCAGACAAUCCCUCGUGCAGGUUGCCAGAAAGGCCACUGUCCCAAUUGUCGCCAGAACCUUGACCACCACUCCAAUCCUCAGAAACACAGCCAAACAGGUUCUUGACGUUGUCAAGUCCGAGUACAAGAUUGCCGUUGCCGAGGACAACGAGUUGGACCCAUCGCAAGUGGAGUACUUGAAGCAGAGCAAGUUCCAGACCAUUGAGCAGCCAUCGACCUCGAACGUUCAGUUGUACAAGGAGUUGCCUAACGGAGAAGAGCUCCGGGUAUUCUUCGACAUCGACGAGGUUUCCGAUGUGAGCUUCCCAGCUCCUGAGGCUGAGCUCGAAGAUGGUGCUGCUGAGGCUGCUUUCGAGAACGAGGUCGAUGACUUCGAGGCCUCGUUCGCCAACGUCAAGGUGCUUGUCUCCAAGCCAAAGUCCAACGAUGGACUUUUCUUCAACUUGAUCUUGCAGGACUCUGCUGAGGGAUUCCAAGUUGACUACUUCAACUACAAGCCAAACGUGAGUGAGUUCUUGGCACAUGUCGAGAAGGAGAACACCUUCUUGACCAACUUCGAGUACCAGGGUCCUAGAUUCUCCAACUUGGAUGAGAGCUUGCAGAUCACCAUGGAGAGCUUCUUGGAGGAGAAGGGUAUCGACACCGAGUUGGCCGACUUCGUCUUCUCUUACGCCGAGGUCAAGGAGGAGAACUCUUACAGACAGUUGUUGGACGACGUCGCCAAGUACUUGGAGCAGUAA